UCACGCAUGCGCACUGGUGCACCGUACCGACUGCUGUCGCUCUCGCAUCGCAGGUGUCAACGGAGCAAGCGUCUCUGCUGCAGCUGUGAGUGAGGAAACCUAUCUGUCCUAUCGAAAAAUAUUAGUCCUUCUAAGAAGGCGGCAGUACAGAUCGGACGGCAUGAAAAUGUUCGAAUGAGACCGUGAGCUCGUGUCUGUUGCCAGGGCAGAUUUUAGCGGGGAAGAGGGCGGCUUUCCGGGCUGUAGACAGCGGGCUCUCGGAGCGUCUUCAGUGGGGAAAGCUGCGGUCCUGCUGCCGCCGCCGCUGCUGCAAUGUUCGUGCAGGAGGAGAAGAUCUUUGCAAGCAAAGUCCUGAAGGUCCACGUCUGUACUAUGGAGGGGACCGAGUGGCUGGAGGAAGUCACGGAAGACACCACUAUAGAGAAACUCAAGGAGAAAUGCUUGAAGCAUUAUGUCCAUGGAAGUCUAGAGGAUCCUAAAACUCUUACACAUCACAAACUUAUUCAUGCUGCCACUGAGAGAAUUCUCACCGAAUCCAAAACAGUUGCUGAGGAAAAUCUUAAAGAUAAAGAUUGCUUAUUAUUGAUAAAGAAAAGACCUCCACUGGCUCCACCAAAAAUGACUGACAUAUCUUCUGAGGAGAAGAAAAAGCAAGAGAACAAAGCACCAGAUAAGGAGGCCAUCCUUAAAGCCACAGCAAACCUGUCCACUCGUAACACUGACCGUACUGUAACUCAGCACAACAUCAGAGAUUUUCAGACAGAGCUGAGGAAGAUUCUGGUCUCACUUAUUGAGGUGGCUCAGAAGCUGCUGGCUCUGAAUCCAGAUGCUGUUGAGCUCUUCAAAAAGGCCAAUGCCAUGCUGGAUGAAGAUGAGGAAGACCGUGUGGAUGAAACGGCCCUGCAGCAGCUGACUGAGAUGGGUUUCCCUGAAAGCCGCGCUGUGAAGGCUCUGCGCUUAAAUCACAUGUCUGUGACCCAGGCUAUGGAAUGGUUGAUUGAGCAUGUAGAUGACCCCAUGGUUGACACUCCUCUGCCGGGACAGGACACCCCAGGGGCAGCAGCCGCUGCAGCUGCAGCCCCAACCCCAGCACCUGCCCCAGGUCUUUCCGCCACAGUUUCAGGAGCUCGUGCUCGUCUGUCGUCUCAGGCCAGCAUAGAUGAAGCCAAGCAGGACGAACUGACAGAAAUCUUUAAAAGGAUCAGAAGGAAAAGAGAGUUCAGGCCUGACUCACGGGCAGUGAUUGCGCUGAUGGAGAUGGGAUUCGAUGAGAAGGAGGUGAUUGAUGCCCUCCGCGUCAAUAAUAAUCAACAGGAUGCAGCUUGUGAAUGGCUGCUAGGUGACAGAAAGCCCACCCCUGAGGAUCUGGAUAAGGGCAUUGAUACCAACAGUCCACUGUUUCAGGCCAUCCUGGAGAACCCUGUUGUACAGCUUGGUCUCACAAAUCCCAAGACUCUUCUAGCGUUUGAGGACAUGCUGGAGAACCCGUUGAACAGCACGCAAUGGAUGAACGACCCUGAGACAGGUCCCGUCAUGCUCCAGAUCUCCAGAAUCUUCCAGACACUCAACCGCACGUAAAGCACACCUCAUCUCUGGAGCAGCCGGAACCACAGCAUAGGGGAAAAGGUCAAUCAUUUAUAAGAGAAGAGUGAGUGAGAGUGUGUGUGCGUGUGUGUAUGUGGCAUAACUAUUGUUUUAAAUGGAGAAAUCACAGAAGAUGAAUGUAAAAAUACGAUGAUGACAUUUCACACCGUUAUACAGAGGAAAAUAUCUAUUUAUAACUCUACACAACACUUGUACAAAUACAAUAUAAGCAGUAACUUAAUAAAUUGCUAACUUCAUUAUUUAGUUUUUUAUGUUUUAAUAAGAUCUGUUUUAAUUAUAUUAAGCGCAUGCUUUAUUUUAUGUAAUUUCUCUAUAUAAUUGUACAAUUGGACACAAAAAAAGAAGAAAAAAAAAUCUCAAGAAACACUUUUGUAUGUUUCUUGUGCUCAAAGAUCAAAUUACAACCAAAUUAUUUGACACUUCACAUGGUACAUUUGUCAUAACUGAAUGUUACUACAGGGAGAUAUGUGUAUUCAGUUAUUUUUAUUAUGUUUAAAAAUGAAACACUUCAUGUAUUCGAUUAUAAGUUCCUUCCAAAAACAUAAACUGAACGUACGUUGGGGGGAAAAUCAAGCACCAGCAGUUUUUGGCUUCUCAUUUGAAAAUCAUUCAAGCUUUGUGGUUUCAUUAACACUACAGACGUUUCUGUGAUGUGGAUGUGACGCAAUAGCAAUUUGCAGCCCCCUACUGACAGCUAUGUGAUAGAUAUUGAAAUCUAACCUGAUCCCUUUGUUCCUCUUAUCUCUUUCAUUCUUCUGAUCUAUAAACCAAUUAUUCAGGUGGAAUCAGGUCCAAACGGACUCGAGUCAGUUCUGAUUCCAUCGGUUUAGAAAAAAGAUGGUAUAAAUAAGUACUGGAUCAUUUACUUUGUUUGCCCUCAGUAGCUCCUGCAUCAGGGGUUUUCAAGUUGAAGUAUUACAGUACCUUUUUAUCCAAUGUCAUGAUCAAGCUGCUGCCUCUGAUCUCACUCACAUCCCUGCACACGUUUAAUGUUAAUGUGAACUUAGAUUAUUACAGGAGGCUGGACAGACUUUAGUUUGUACUAACUAAAAUAAAAUGACUUCUCCUUUAUGAAUUGGUUCUACUACAGUACAUCAGUUUCUACAGUAUAUGUACAUCGUUGUGUUUAAUGACCAGUAUGAAUUAUAUGUGCUUAGUGUGAUCGCAGUUCUCUUAUGUCACACUUUUUACAGUGCACUUACUAGUUUUUGCACAGGAAAUUCAGACUACGCAACAUUCUGAUGUACUCUUUUAUUUUAAAUGAUACAUUAGAUGUUCAUCUUGAAAUUCCCUGUCUAAAGUGAAAUUCAGGCAUUGUGUUUUCUAAAAGAAAUGGUUAUUUAAGUUUUCAGUCAGAAUCAAGAUAAAAUGUUAUUUGAUUGGUUCUGUUAUGCAUUUUUUCUAACAUUUUGAUUUGUAUCAGAUAAAUAUAUCACACAAAUGUGGUCAUACCAAACACCAAUUUUAGAUUCAUAGAUAAUUGUGUGAAUUAGAGGAUGGAAUAUACUUUUUUUUUUUUUCUUUUUGGCCAAGCGUGGAGUGUUUCCAUUCAAUAUUUGAAUCGUGUUGGUGUGAAGUGUGUGCUCAGGGGUUUCUUAGCCAUACCGGGCAAAUAUCUGCUAUAGUAAUGCCUACUUUAUCAAUACAAAUAACAGUAGCUUAGUGAUUGCAUUAUCAGAGAACUCUAUGAAUAUAUCUUAAAACUUACUCUUUAAAGGAACUUGCUAUCCUUGUGUGAUUUAUUUAUUUUGAGGCCAAAUAUAGUCAAUCAUGAAACCAUCGUUAGAGAGAUUGUCAAUACCGUUUUAGAGAACCUCACCUAUUAAAAUGGUACACUAAGUUCACUUCACUGUCUGAGUGGCUUCAUAUUGUAUGUACUUAAAGACUAUGUUUAACACAUUCAGCAUUUGAAAUCAGACCAUCUCCAUUGUCUUGACAACAUAAGUUUUUUUUUUUUUUUUUUCCCUUAAGAGAGGUAGCUUAUAUUGUUUUGGAUGACUAGAGAGUAAAGGCUUCUAUGCAAUUCAAUUUGUUUUUUGUUGCCUCAACAGAAAAACAACAGGUUUCAGUAUCAUGAUGCAUUUGUAAUAUUUGAGUAUUUGAUGUGCACUUUCAUAUCAUAUCUUUUUUAAUUUUUUUUAAUUUGAAGCAAAUUUUGGUUUCAUCAUGGGUAAGUCUCUGUGAAGUAGAAAAUGGUUUAUGAUUUCAGUAUUUUAAAAUGUUUGAUGUUCAUUCAUUUACUGUUUAGAAAUGCUUGUAUGGUUGAACAGUGUCAUUUUGGAACCUGAAUUUUAAUUUUCUUAAUGUCAGUGUGCUGAAUACCUUAAAAAGUUUCAGAUUUUUUUCUCCCUCAUUUUAAAAAGGUUAUCAGGUCACAGAGGUUAUGAUGAAAUGUCCUGAAGGUCUGGUGCUCGUGUGUUACCAUUUUACUUUUGUGUCUUUGCUCCGUGUACAAUUUCACAUAGAGUCCCCACUGUCUGAGAGCUGAAAUGUAACUUUUCUCAAUCCAAUUGUUGAAAAGUCUUUCAUGACAAAUAAUAAAAAAAAGUUUUGAAA